AUGGCACAACCAGACCACAAAAAAAGUUAUGAUGUGGAGGAGCAGGAAGUGGGAACACCCGACUCGGUCUUAACACCAGCCAUCAGCCAUGAAACCAGCACUUCCUCACAAUUAGAGAAGUCGGAGACUGUCGCGGAGUUGCACAAACUCCCAACGGCAAGAAGUCGUCGUGACUCGCACAUGGGUGAAGCCCUUGAGCAUCUGUCGCGAACUCUCUCAAUCAAUCAGAAUGGGGAUGCGGAGGAUGGAUUGGAAAAGGAACACUCUCGUAUGGAGCGCACUGCGACACGUCGCUCGGCCAGACAUCCCUCGCAAACUCGAAUGCCCGAUCUCGAUGAAGAAGCUGGCAGUCCGGCUUUCAAGUCUCAAGGCAUCCCACCAGAGCUGGGCAGUUUCACCGCAGAGGUGAUUUUCAUUCUGGUCUGUUCAGCCGGUCUGUUGCUGUAUUCCUUCUUCCUGGGCGACAUCACCGUUAACCAGGAGGAGUGCAAACGAGCGCUCGGGAUCAGCAACAGCGAGCUCCCUUGGUUACUGGGCUCAUUCACACUACCACUCAGUCUGUCAGUUGUGGUAUCAGGCUCUUUAAAUGACUUGAGUCCCCCACGGACACUAAUGAUCGGAGCCUUUACCUGGUUGACCAUUUGGAAUGUGAUCGGCGUCUUUUCCGUGACGCCCAGCCGAGCGAUCCUCUUCUACAUUGUUCGCGCAAUGCAAGGCCUUGCCGUAGGCGUUCUAGUCUCUGGGUCAAUGAGUGUUCUCGGCAGAGUAUACAAUCCAGGCUUACGCAAGAAUCGGGUCUUUUCAGCGAUGUCGGCGACAGCUCCAUUUGGGUUCUGGCUGGGCGGUAUUCAGGGUGGUGCGCUGAAAUCCCAUCUCAAUUGGAUCUUCGGCUCGAAUGCUAUCAUCUGCGCACUUUGCCUAGUGGCCGCUUGGUAUGCGAUGCCCUCGCUUCGACCGGUCGCGGACGUUGUCGGCGGCGAUGUGCCGACUAUUCGCGAGUUCGACUUCAUUGGAGCAGGCUUUGUUGCUACUGGAUGUAUCUUGGUGCUCUUCGGUCUCACCCAGGGCUCGGUGGUUAAGUGGAUCCCAUAUACAUACGCUCUGGUCAUCGUGGGUGUGCUUCUGGUGAUUGCAUUCUUCUUCAUCGAGCGCUUAGUGAAGCGACCGCUUAUCCCAAACGGUUUAUGGAAGAUCAAAGGCUUCACCCCAUUGAUGAUCGCCUACUUCAUCGGAUACGGGGGAUUCCAGGGCGGCUGGCAAUUCUACGCCGUUCAAUUCUGGCUCCGGAUUCAACAAAACAGCCCACUAACAGUGGCCCUGUACCUUCUCCCCAAUGCCAUCGUCGGAGUACUGGCCACCUGGGUCGUCAGUCGAACUCUCCACAUCGUCCCAGGCCAUUACAUCUACCUCGCAGCCAUGAUCGCUUUCGCAACAGGGCCUGCAUUCUUCCUCCCACAGACCCCCAACACAUCCUACUGGCCCCUUUCCUUCCCAGGCGUGGCACUCGUCACUUUCGGACCUGAUCUCUCAUUCGCGGCUGCAUCAAUCUACAUCACUAGCAAUGUGCCUCGCUCUUACCAAGGUAGCGCGGGUAGCUUGUUGGUGACUAUGCAAAAUUUGAGCUCGGCUGUGAUGACGGCCGUGGCUGAUGCCAUCGGAACGAAGGUUGAUCAAGGGCCGGAUGGAAAUAUUGGGCUCACGGGCAUUCAUGCCAUUUGGUGGUUUGCACUUGCGUGUGAAGUGGUCGCGGCAUUGAUUACCUUGAUUUGGGUCCGAAUUCCCAAGGAGGAGGAGAAAGAGCAUGUUACCUGA